AUGAAAUCUAAUAAUUUAUAAAGCAUUUUCUCAACACAGUAACCUGAGGAACUAUUUAAACUUGAUAUUGAUUACACUACCCUGGAAUCGUUUUCUGUAAUCAUUCAAAAAGCUACAGAGAAUCAGUGGAUGCGGAAAACAAUCGGAAGAGGAACCGCAAGUUUAUGCAAAAGUUUUUUGGUUUUUAAUGAGAAACAAGGGUUUAAGCCUCCUGUUAUGAUGUGGCUUGAUAUUUGGCUGUAUAGAAUGAAAUUAAAUCACAAAAGUUUAUUUUCCACUGAGUAACUAGAGAUUCAGUUAGAAAGUGAAAAUAAAGAAACUGAUUUUAUCAUAAAAUUCCAAAAUGAUGACUAAUUAAAGAAAUUCUAACUAUUUCUCCAGAAGGUCUGUAUAUAUACAUCACCUACUCUAAAGAUGCUUUAUGAACAUUAAAAAACUCUCGGUAGAGGAGGUUAGGCCAUUGUGGGUCUUUAUAAGUAAAGAGGAACCGAGGGAAAUGAAAAAUUAUUGGCUGUUAAGACUUAUAAAAUUCACCACUUUGAAAUGUUUAAGCAGGUCUACAGAGAGAUAAAAUGCCUGAGGGAGUUAGAAAUCUGUCGUAACAUUGUACAGCUGGAAUAAGUUUUUAUCGAAAACAAUCUUGUGCAUCUGGUGAUGAACUACGCAAAACACGGAUCAUUGUUCAACCACUUAGCAUCGAUAGAUUCUUUUUCAGAGGCAGAUCUGAGAAUGAUAAUGGAACAGCUACUACUUGCUAUAGAUCUAAUGCAUAAAAGAGAAAUCGUCCAUCGUGACUUGAAACCUGAUAAUAUAUUAGUAAUGGACCGUGAAAAAUUAGAUGUUUGCCUUGCUGAUCUUGGCCUAGCAUGCAAAUUAGAUGAACCCGAACUUCUCGGUAAGAAGUGCGGAACAGCUGGAUAUCUUGCCCCCGAAAUCUUGAGAGGAUUUGCUGCCUCACCGAAGAGUGAUAUCUUCAGUCUCGGUUCUAUCUUUUAUAACUUAAUGACAGGCAGCAUGCUAUUCGAAGGCAAACAUGAAAAACAAGUAUUAAUCAACAACCAGUAUAAAGAUCCAUCGGAUAUUAUUGAUGAAGAUCUACUGACAAUGUCUGAAGAUGCAGUAAGCUUGAUGAGAUGGAUGCUGCAAAGACAAGCAGAUCAGAGACCAACAGCUGAGGAAUGUCUUAAUCACAAAUGGUUUUCAUAAGAUUAGGAGGCAUUAUAAAAUUUAAUACAAUUUAAUAAAAUAACCCAAAACAUCAAGCAAGGGCCAUAAUUAGGAGAUGUUGCAGACUAGGAAAUUGAAUUCCAGUCCUUCAUAAAAGCUCCGAACUAUUAUGGCAACAAUGAUUGCUCGGAUAUGAGUAUGAAUAUGCUUUCGUUUUUCAGUUAGACCUCGGGAAAUGGAACGCCAGACGAGCGGAAAAGAGCUAAUUCAGAGAAAUUGAAAAUGAUGUCUAAUAUCAAGAUAAGUUACAAUGAAAUGAUUUAGAAAGGUAGAGAUUAAAGUGCCAACAGUAACAACGGGUCUUCAGCAAGAAAUAACAAUAAUAAUCAAAACGCUGGAAAUGUCUAUGACUUCAGAGGUGCAACCUAAUAUGUGCUAAAAAAAGCAAGCUUAAAUAUCUAGAAUGGAGACGUUUAGAACAGGAAUUUUAAUGGUAAAUACAGUGAUAUAAGUGUGGUUUAGUAAUAAUAGCGCUUGGAAAUCGAAGCUGGCAGUUUGAUCAAGAAAAAUUACAGCAAUAUAAACGUUAAUAACGGAGACUAAUCUAAUAUGAUGAAUAACCAAUUCGCUCCUUUGGAAUUAAGAAGACCUGAAUUUCAGCUUUAGUAAUCACCGUAAUAGGUUGGAGUUGGCUGCAAUUCUCACACAUCAUUUGAUGAAAAUGAUUUUACAGAACAUCCCUUGAAACCUAAUCAAACAGAAGAUGAAUCAAUGAUAGAAUAAAAGUUUUUAAAUCGAUCUCAUAUAGACGAUGUGAUCUAGGUAAAAAAGAGCUUUACUGCGAUGAACAGAAAAAAUAGAUUCUAAUGA